CAUUGUAUCUUUUUGACCUCUAACACAUUGAACAUAGUCCUGGCGAUGUUCAAACUUACGGUGAUAAGUUUUUAUAGAACGGAGUUCUCGGAUAUAGUUCUAUACGCACAAAAGCAUUUCUGGCAUCUCGAUUAUAACCACGACGAGAAGCUACUUUUCGCGGAGUGUCGAAAGAUUUGCAAAAUGUGGACGGUAUUUCUUGUCUUUAUUACUGAAGCUACCUUGUCUUUCUAUGCAAUUGUUCCAAUCUGUGCAAAUAUUGGACACAAUAAAUCGGAUAGGAUACUUCCAUUCAAAAUGUGGGUCAAUCUACCGCUAAGCGUGACACCUUAUUACGAAAUAAUGUUCGCCUUCCAGGUACUGGCCGUACAACAUAUUGGCGUAAGCUAUGUAUGUCCCGAGAACGUCCUGUGCGUGUUGAAUCUGCACGUGGUCUAUCAGUUUCGUAUACUGCAGAACACUUUAUUGAAUUUAUGGUCGGACAUUGACAAGGGAACGGAUAUCGUCGCUUACUCAGACAAAUGCUACGAAAUCCUGAAGAAGUGUAUCCGAAAGCAUCAGUCGUUAAUCGAAUACAGCGACAGACUCGAAGGCAUCUUUACGCUGCCGAUCCUCAGCAAUAUGGUCAUCUUUAGCAUGCUGAUGUGUUUCGACACGUACGAGAUGAUUCUGGUACAUAUAACGAAAUUUCGUCUUACUUGCAUACAGGCAGACGUACCUACAGGCACACGCCUCAUUUUCUUUUUCCACAUGAUCGGCAGCUUUAUCCAUAUCAUUUUCUUCACGUACAUCUGCCAUGGUUUAGUUGAGGAAAGCUCCAACAUCAGCAUGGCAUCGUAUUCAGGAUGGUGGACCAUGUUGCCGAUGAAUGAAUCUGGAAGAAUGAUGCGAAGAGAUAUAAACAUGAUGAUACUGAAGUCAAUGCGACCGUGUCAACUCACAGCC